AUGCUCGCGUUCAGUGGCAUGCUGGCCUUCCCGGCACUUCUUUGCCAUGCCCGCGACAUCACCUUUCCUCCGAUCUCCGGCAUGCAAACGCCGCUGACUGGCAAUGGCGCCAACAAUCGAGAUCUUGACUUAUCCCAGAUCAUGUUUGCAGGAUUGACUACCUACGCGAACCUCCCGUAUGUGCACUGUCUUGCCGCCGACGAAGAACACGUUGAACCAUAUGAUAUCGCGAUUUUGGGAGCGCCUUUCGACACAGGAGUCACAGCCAGACCCGGAGCGAGAUUUGGUCCCAAUGGCAUUCGGCAGGGAUCACAAUGA